AAGCGAGGCGAGGCGAGGCGACCCGGUGCACCAUGGCCUCGCUGCUGGGAGCUUACUCGUGGCCCGAGGGGCUCGAGUGCCCGGGGCUGGACCCCGAACUGUCGGAGGGUCUGUCACCGCCCGCCGCCCCCCGCCCGCCCGGGGACAAGGGCUCCGAGAGUCGCAUCCGGCGGCCCAUGAACGCCUUCAUGGUUUGGGCCAAGGACGAGAGGAAACGAUUGGCCGUGCAGAACCCGGACCUGCACAACGCGGAGCUCAGCAAGAUGCUGGGAAAGUCCUGGAAGGCUUUGACACUGUCCCAGAAGCGGCCAUACGUGGAGGAGGCUGAACGCCUGCGUCUACAACACAUGCAGGACCACCCCAACUACAAGUACCGGCCGCGCCGCAAGAAGCAAGCCAAGCGUCUGUGCAAGCGUGCUGAGCCCGGCUUCUUGUUGGGCUCACUCCCCCGGGACCAGAACACACCCCUGCCUGACAAGCGGGGUGCCCGGGGGAGCCCAGGGGAAGAGGAGGACCGGGGUGAGUACUCCCCAGGGCCAACCCUGCCCAGCCUCCGUGGCUGCUACCAUGAGACAGCAGCUGCGGCUGGGGGCAGAGCUGGGGCCACCCCGGGUAGUGUGGACGUCUAUCCCUACGGACUGCCCACGCCCCCCGAGAUGUCUCCACUGGACAUUCUGGAGCCGGAGCCUACCUUCUUCUCUGCUCCCUGUUCUGAGGAGCAUGCGGCCCCCCGCCGCCUCCCCCACCUGCCUGCACCUCAUUACGCGCCAGAAUUUGCUCCCAGUCCCCACCACUGUAGCCAUGCCCUGGGCCCCCUGGGGCUCAGCCAACCCCCCAGCGUUCCUCUAUUGUCCCCUGUACCGGGCUGCACGCCUUCGCCUCCCUUCUACCCUCCUACCCCCUAUCACCCUCUCCACUCCAACCUGCAUGCACCUCUGGGCCAGCUGUCGCCACCACCAGAGCACCCUGGCUUUGAUGCCCUGGACCAGCUGAGCCAGGCGGAACUUCUGGGGGAUGUGGAUCGCAAUGAGCUUGACCAGUAUCUGAACACACCCGGCCACGCAGACUCCGUGGUGGGGACCAUAGCGCUGAGUGGACCGGGGGCCACGAGUGCCCCAGAGACUAGCCUCAUCUCAGUGCUGGCUGAUGCCACGGCCACCUACUACAACAGCUACAGUGUGUCCUAGAGCUGCCCUCGCCUCCUGCUUGCCUGGCACAGGGGAACCCGGUAGGCAGGUCUGGGCGGCUCCAGCACACAGAACCUUGCUCUGCCCGCUGCGCCUGCAGCCUGAAGCUUCCAGCAUCUUCCUUCAGAGGAGCAUCUGCCCACUGCACCCCGGGACUCAGGCCAGACCCCCCUGCCAGGUGCAGCUUUUGGC